CAAAUUUUUUAAAUCCAGUACUUCCUGUUUUACUGACUGCCCACACGAAAGCUCCGCCUACUGAUGACAUCAUCCUAGAAAGCCCCCUUCCCGAACCGCUGUUCCGCCAUUUUAACUUCCUGCCUGAGAAGAAGACGAACGUACUUCAGUGUUACAUCUCUAGACGCAAUUUAGGUUAACUUAGACAGGUGUUUAUCUAGUAUUUUACCCGCAGAAAGGCAACUAAUAAAUCCGUGUUAGUUUCUGAAGUGUUUGUGACCGUUUCAGCCGGAGAGUCGCAAUGCCGAGCCACCCGCUGCGUGUAGCGGUUGUGUGCUCGAGCAACCAGAACCGCAGUAUGGAAGCGCACAAUAUCCUCAGCAAGCGUGGAUUUGACGUGCGAUCGUUUGGGACGGGGUCUCACGUGAAGCUACCCGGUCCCUCCCCGGAUAAACCCAAUGUGUACGACUUCAAAACUACUUAUGAACAGAUGUACAACGACUUGGUCCGCAAGGACAAGGAACUUUACACACAGAAUGGCAUCCUGCACAUGCUGGACCGCAACAAACGCAUCAAAACCAAACCAGAGCGCUUUCAGCUAUGCAAAGACAAGUUUGACCUGGUCGUCACCUGUGAAGAGAGGGUCUAUGACCAGGUGUUGGAGGAUUUGAACUCAAGGGAGCAGGAGACGUUGCAGCCCGUGCAUGUAAUCAAUGUAGACAUCCAGGACAACCAUGAAGAAGCCACGUUAGGUGCAUUUCUCAUCUGUGAGCUGUGUCAGUGUAUCCAGCACACCGACGAUAUGGAAAAUGAAAUCGAUGAGCUCGUACAGGAGUUUGAGGAGAAGAGCAACCGGCCCUUUCUUCACACUGUUUGCUUCUACUGAUACACUUUAGAAAUUUGCAAUAAAACACACACUUGGAUCCCAGUCAAACAGAAUAUGUACAGACAGUUACAUGUAUGACAGUGUAAACGCACUGCAUCUGCACACACACACACAGCUCUGCUUCAGGAUCUGUUAGACUUAUAAAGGUUGGUAAUUUCCUCUGUGCAGAGGAUGGACUUGCUGCUCUCCUUAUGCCUUCAUUCCUCCAGACUGAGCUUUGGUAAAGGUUCUGCCCCUGAUCUCAGUCAAAUCAAAUCACUGAACCAUGUCCCCUCAGGAGAGCCAUUACACACACACACACACACACACAGUUUUAGCAGGUUCUCUGCAAGUCCUCUUCAUUCUAAGUGGCAUAAUUGUGCUGAUUACGGAUGGCUUUUCAUCUUAAUCAGUACUGUAAAUUUUUCAAGAUGAGAGGUUUUUAAGUUGGGCCAUACUAGAUGUGUUUACAUGCAGGAGACAUGGUAACUGAAUUGUAUUUUUGUUCACGUUGUGUUAUAGAUGCGUUAUGAUUAAGUUAAGGUGGGCUGAUGAACAACCAAACCAAGACCUUCUCUAGUAUGGACCCGUUAUAAUAUGCUGAUUUCAUAUUUAAGCUCUCAAAUGCAUUGUUUUUUUCCCCCCUCCAGAGCAUAGCUUGUUUUUCCUUUUGUAAAUGUAAAGAAUUUAAGCUUUGUAAUUAUUUUCAAAUGGCAAGUUCAGCUCUGAGUGCCUGAUUUUUCUGUAUGUAUAUAUGAGUCAACUAAAGAAAGUGACAUCUAGA